AAUAAUGCCCCGAGCGGGAGCAUGACAGCGGAGCGCGCGCGCAGGGCUGUUAUAUAAUAGCGCUCACCAACAACAUCGACCAGUCCAGCCGGAGCAGCGGCGGCGGCAGCAGGGCUGGGGGUCCAGUGACCGGACUGAUUGAGAGCUAAGCAGCCUGGGUUAUAGCUGUUGCGCUGUACUCGCUCCUCCUCCUCCACAGGUGACACAGACCCUCGCCAUGAGCUCGCGGGGGAGCCCUUCUUGUUUUCCUGAAGCCCGGCGGGUUGCUAUCUUCGGCGGCACGCAUGGCAACGAGAUGUCCGGGGUUACUCUGGUCAAUAUGUGGAUAAAGAACCGCGCUGAGAUCGAGAGGAGCGGACUGACCGCCAGACCCUUCAUAACAAACCCCAGAGCCGUGGAGAAAUGCUCCAGGUACAUCGACACGGACCUCAACAGAGCCUUCACCCCGGAAAACCUCAGCACACCGAGUGGAGAUGGGCUGCCAUAUGAAGUUCAGAGAGCCAAGGAAAUUAAUCAGAUCUUUGGACCAAAGGGUAGCCCAGACGCCUACGAUGUCAUCUUUGACCUCCACAACACGACAUCCAACAUGGGCUCCACCCUCAUCUUGGAGAGCUCUACAGACCACUUCAACCUACAGAUGGUGCAGUACAUUAAAAAAGCCAUGGCUCCAGAGAGCUGCAUGGUACUGCUGAACGAGCACCCUCACCUCAAGUAUUCCACCAGCCGCUCAGUGUCCAAGCACCCUAUAGGUCUUGAAGUGGGUCCUCAGCCACAAGGAGUUUUGAGAAGCAACAUCUUCGAGUCCAUGCGGGCAAUAAUGAAGCACGCGCUGGACUUCAUUGAGCUGUUUAACAGCGGUGUGGAGUUUCCAGCUUGUUCUGUAGAAGUGUUCAGAGUGCAUGAAAGAAUGGACUACCCCAGAGACACAAACGGCAACAUCACGGCUAUGGUUCAUCCACAUCUGCAGGACUGUGACUGGGAGCCGCUAAAUCCGGGUGAUCCGAUGUUCCAGACGUUUGAUGGCAGGACCAUCCUGUAUGAAGGUGUCAGUCCGGUGUACCCCACGUUUAUUAAUGAGGCCGCUUACUACGAGAAACAGCAGGCCUUCGUCACCACUCGCAGGGAGACGUUAGCAGCCAACAGCAUUCGAAAAACCUCCACAUAACCACCAGCAUCACUCCUCACUUAUAACAUGCAUUAAUUUACAGUGGAAAAAAGAGAACUUUGUGUGUUUUAGUUAAUGAAAGAUUACUGUUCACUUUGAUACUAGAUUUUAUGUUGAUUAUAUAAAACUGCAAACAAAAAAGUAACACACAUUUGAAUUUUAUUUCUUGUUGAUUUACAUUUUUCAGACUGAUUCAAAUCCUAGUCUAACAAAAGAAAUGAUCUAUUUGCAAUACAGAGAAAACGUCAGAUAUUUUUAUAUGUGCUUUUAAGUUUUCUUAUGACUCACAUUUUUCUAAUGUAACAGUGAUGCAGCUUGUGUUCACUGAUUUUAUGGUACAUUAGGGCACAUUCACUUUGCAUUUACAUUUAUAGCCAUUGGUUUCAAAGACUCUGAUGAACUUGCACAUUUAAAGUCUAAUUUUUCGUGCUUCAUUUACCAGACAGAACCUCAGGAACACACAAAUCUAGAAACAUGUCGUCAUCUGCCUCUUCCUCUGCACUGUCUAGUCUCAUAACAGAACCUCCAAGCUAGGUGUCUCUCUUCUGGAGGAAGGGAGGGGAGAUUGAAGAUGGGAAUGGUUAGGUGCUUUCAGAUCCCGUUUGAGCUUGUUGUGUUUUCACACUAUGUAGGAUCCCUUCCCCUGUAAAUUAGUACUAACGCACAUAUCAACCAGACCAACCAAGGCCUUACAAUAACCAACCACAAGAGAACCUCUUAAGAUAACUGCUGCUGAUAGACAGGGUAUGUGUAAACCCCUUAAACUGCCAGCACAACCAUCUAAUAACCAACUGAUAUACGUACUAUAGAGACCAAAGGCAUAUAGCAACCACUUGGAACCAUUGCAACAAUUUAGCAUCAGCCUUCCUUUGAAGGGCAUAGCAACACCUCAUGGGAUAUCAUUGCAUCUACUUAAUGCCAGCAAAGCAACUGCCUGAAAAACACACAUAAAUCACCUGGGAUAUCUGCUUAGCCACAGACACAUAGCAACCCUAGCAACCCAAAACCCUAGCAGUCAUUUAGCAUACUACAGCAUAUCAAUCACAA